AUGUCAGACGCUGAUCAGGCGAGCCAGGCGGGCCAGCUUGGCCCAACACCUCAGGCCAGCCAGCAGCUGCAGCAGCAGCAGCUGGAGCAGCGGCAGUCGGCUUUAGAAGAAGCUCCUGGGGAGAGCGGCCGUGACACGGGGGCCCCUGGAGAGGCAGAAGAUACUAAUGAGCUCACCCCAAAUGACGCAAUCGACACCGAAGGAAAAAACCCUGAAGUAAACGAAUCAGAUGGACCAGCUGAACCCAUUGGAGGGGCACAGACAGAGGGCCUCUCUGCCGAAGGGCCCUCUGCGGAGGGGCCCCCUGGAGAGGGGCCCCCUGGCCUCUACGAGGCAGAUGGCGACACCAGCCACGCUGAGGGCGCUGCUGCCGAGGGGCAGAUUGCUGAAGAAUGGAAUGAAGGGCAGGAGGGGCUCCCAGGAGAAGAGGAGCCCCCCGGGCCGGAAGGGCCCACGGAGGAGGAGGCGCCCCCAGGGGAGGAGGCGCUUCCGGGAGGAGAACAACAGCCAGAAGGAGCGCAGCCAGAAAAUGAAGGGGCCCCAGCUAAUGGGAGUCUCCAGAGAGUAGACGGGUCUCAGGGCGAGAUACUGUCAGAGGGAGGUCCGAAUGAAGCAGCUGAAGGAAUGCAAGAGUCGCCGGAAGCUGCAGCAGCAGCAGCAGCAGCACAGGGAGAAGCAGGGAGCCAGAUCCAAGAGGGCUCACAAGGGGAGGCCUCAGCAAAGAUGGGUUCUAAUUCUGUCAGCCCUCGCGAGGGCAGCAAGGCCUCUCGAGGCAGCAGGGAUUUGGAAGGUCCUGACUUAGCAGCAGCAGCUGAUGCAGAAGCUUCUGCAGAGGCGGCCCUUGGAGAAGCACCAGAAGCAGGCCUGUCGGGAGGGCUGGCAGCAACUCAGGAGCCCCUCAACAGCCAAAGCAGUGCAGCAAAUGGCGAAGAGGAGGAGCAGCAAGAAAGUCUGGGGAAGCUUGGAUCUGCUAAUGCGCUGGAGGGAGCAGCAGCAGCAGGGAGGGGCAGUGGGGCCUUCUCGGGUAGCCCUGAAGAGCCAGCAAGGGGGGAAGUUUACGGAGUUGGAGAGACUUCUCUUGUUCGCCUAGGCUCAAGAGCUGCAGCAGAAGGGCCAUUUGAUGUUGCAGUCACAAUGCCAACUCCUGACGGGCUCCGCCGGCGCAGUAUGAGGCGUACGAGUUCAGUUCUCAGUGGGCAAGGGCUGGGGGGCCCCCCCGAGGCCCCAGCCCAGGGCUUGGCUCCUAUGCGGGACCCCGAAGACCCCGAAAGGGGCCCGCAAGAAAGAAACAGCCACAGCCUUGAAAACAACGACGGCACCAAUGAUGCCUCCUGGGAUUCAUUUGAAGAGUCUUCUCAUGCUGUGCAGGCUCCCACAGACGAAGCUGCUGAGGACAAAAGGCGUGACAAGCUGCUGCUGCUUUGGUUGGGACCCUUUUCCCUGCUGGUAGCUGUGGCCUUCAUCUGCCUAACUGUCUUCGCAAGCCUCACUGGCAAGAGCCCGCCGGAGGCCCCUGCUCCUCCAGAUGAGACUUGUCAAGCAGGCGAAUGGAGCGAGUGGGUUGUAUGCCCCGCUGCCUGUGGAGAAAGUGAACAAGUGCGGGAGCGGCGAAUCCUGGCGUUGGGUCUAAGUGAGAGGCGAGUGACUUUCUCUGCUUUAGACACAGACACAGCAACUGGCAAGAAAUACUGGCGCGUGCAGUUCAUAGUUCUAGUUGAUACAACUCUUCCAGCCGAUGAUCCAGACGCAGAUCUCGGCCAAGAUCCAGAGCGCGCAUUGCAGUUGCUCGCCGAAAAAGUGAAGGACCCAGCAUUGCCAAUAUACGCCACCUUAGAUGGUGUCUUGCCUGGCCUGGAGGCUGACACGCCCUUUCGUCUGCAGGCCUACAAAGCUAAUCGUGAGUUCAAGAGCCGGCACAGUGCCAACUUUGAGUACUGUGCACGCUCAUAG